GGGGUGUGGUAGAUCAGGAAUAAAUUAAAAUUAAUGAAUUAAUUAAAGUGGGCUGGUCACAUGUAAAUUUAAUCCACAUACAUGGCGACAUAAUAUGUCGCAUUUGAGAUCUAAUGUAUGUGACACAGCUAUUGCUACUUUAAGGCAAUUACUUUCCGAUUUGGUGAUGUAUAACGAUGGAAGAAUCAUUCCAGAAGACAUUUUAGAGUCUUUUGAUCACUCACUUGGAUUUGUGAAUCGUGAGUUGCUGGUUUAUGACACCUUAGAGCCUGACUCUGGCAUGCAGCCUAUAAUCAGUCUAAUAGGAAUUUGUGUAUCUAUUGUCAGACAAAUGAUUAGCCAUCAUGGAUAUGCUCAGUCACAUAACAGUGUUUUACCCAGUUAUUGUGGUUUGAUAGGUCGUCCCAGUUUUAUUAUACCAUCUGAGCAGCUCUCUUUCCUCAUUGAACACAGGUUUACUGUUGUUCAAAUAGCCGAAAUGUUAGGUGUGUCUGUAAGAACAAUCAGACGAAGAAUGUCAUCAUAUGGGCUAUCAGUUCGUGAAAGUUAUUCUACUAUUACUGAUAAUGAACUUGACGAGAUUGUUCUUGGAAUUCAGCGCAACUUUCCAACUUGUGGCAAUAGUGUAAUGCAGGGACAUCUCCUUGCACAAGGAUACCGAGUACAACAACAUCGUGUUAGAGAUUCUCAGCGUAGAAUUGAUCCUGAUGGUUCGGUCUUAAGACGGUUAAGAGUUUUAAAUCGAAGAGAGUAUUCUGUAUCUGGACCACUAGCUCUUUACCAUAUAGAUGGAAAUCACAAAUUAAUUAGGUGGCGAAUAGUAGUACAUGGAUGUAUUGAUGGUUACAGUAGGAGAAUUAUAUACUUACAAGCACGUGAUAACAAUAAGGCAGCAACUGUUCUCCAAUUAUUUACUGAUGCUGUGUUAGAAUUAGGACUACCGAGCCGAGUACGGGCAGACAGAGGUGGUGAGAAUGUAGGAGUGGCUCAAUUUAUGUUGCAGCAUCCUUUGAGAGGUCCUGGCCGUGGAAGUUUUAUUAGUGGGCGUUCUGUGCACAAUCAAAGAAUUGAACGGUUGUGGCGGGAUGUCUUCCAAGGUUGUUUGGUUUUGUUCUAUCAUCUCUUUUAUGAAAUGGAAGAUCAAGGGAUUUUAGAUAUCAAUAAUGAAAUUCACAUAUAUAGCCUUCAUUAUGUAUUUUUACCUAGAAUCAACUUGGCUCUGUCUGAAUUCAAAGAAGCUUGGAAUCACCAUCCUCUUUCAAGCAUGAGUAAUUUGUCUCCAAUGCAGUUAUGGAUUGCAGGUAUAUCUCGCUCUCAAGCUCAGGAUAAUGUACACCAAGAUAAUGUUCCUCACUAUGGGAUUGAUUGGUCUGGACCUAUUCCAAAUGACAAUGAAGAGCAUGUUGACAUUCCUGAAAUAGAUAGCCUUUUGAACAGUCACAUUUUGUCUGUACUGCAAAACACAGUUUCACCAAUGCAAUACAGUUCAAAUUUUGGAAUUGAUUUGUUUUUGAAUACUUUAUACUUUGUUUAUCAUUAUCAUUAAUAAUAUUGAAUGAAAUCAAAAU